AAGCAGUGCUCAGUUUGGUGUGGUUUUGGAUCUCACGACUCUCCCUUCUGCUUGCAAAUCUGCUUCUUCUGCCACCAACUGCGGAUUAGUAUUAGAGAGAGAAAAAAUAGAGAUGGGACAUUGGGAAUCAAAAGUCCUGCGGGAGGGGCGCUAUUGGUUUGCGUGAGCCAUAUACAUAAGCAACCAAACUCAUCGUUUGUCAUUCAGUUGCAUUCGUUCAUUCACUCCCUAACAUAGCAAUUACUACCAUUUACCAAAGUAAACCCAGAGAUGGAGUGGUGUGUGUCAAUGCCAAAGAUUGAGCUGCAUGCUCACCUCAAUGGAUCCAUCCGAGACUCCACACUUCUUGAACUCACUAAGGCUUUGAUUGGAAAGGGUGUCAUGAAUUUCUCCGAAGUGGAGCAUAUCAUCCUCAAAUAUAACCGUUCCCUAAAAGAAGUUUUCAAGCUGUUCGACCUAAUCCACAUUCUCACCACUGAUCACAACACUGUUACAAGAAUUACCAGAGAAGUUAUUGAGGAUUUUGCAUCAGAGAAUGUUGUCUAUCUGGAGUUGAGGACCACUCCAAAGAAAAAUGAUUCUGUGGGAAUGAGCAAACACUCUUAUGUUGAAGCUGUACUGAAAGGUCUAAGAUCAAUCACUUCAGUUGAUGUGGAUUUCAUUCCACAUUGUGAAGAUUCAAAGACUCUUUUUACUCCUGCACCGGUUAUUAAUGGACAUGUGAGAAAAAAAAUCUUUGUUAGGCUUCUCUUGAGCAUUGACAGAAGGGAGACAACAGAAGCUGCAAUGGAAACUGUCAAGCUUGCAUUGGAAAUGAGGCCUUAUGGGGUAGUUGGAAUUGACCUCUCUGGAAAUCCAAGUAUUGGUGAUUGGACCACAUAUUUGCCAGCAUUGAAAUUUGCUCGAGAACAAGGUCUUUAUGUAACACUUCAUUGUGGCGAGUUACCUAAUUCAAAGGAGAUAAAAAAUAUGCUUGACUUCCGUCCCCAAAGGAUUGGACAUGCUUGUUUCUUUGAGGAUGAACACUGGAGACAGCUGAAGUCGUCGAACAUUCCGGUUGAAAUUUGCUUGACAUCAAACGUUAGGACAAUGACUGUUCCAUCUAUAGAUGUUCACCACUUUGCUCAUUUGUACAACGCAAAACAUCCUUUAGCCCUGUGUACUGAUGACUCGGGAGUCUUCUCUACCUGUCUCUCCAAGGAAUACAAAAUUGCUGCUGAUUCAUUUGGGCUGGGAAGGAGGGAAAUGUUUGAGCUAUCAAGGAAUGCUGUUGAGCAUAUAUUCGCAGAUAGCAAAGUAAAGGAGGAUUUAAGAAAAAUUUUCAAUUCAGUGGCAAAAAAAUAUGGAAGUGUAACCACAGUUUCAUCUUUAGAGAAUAUCUGCAUUUAGAUAUAAUUAAUAUUAGAGCUUUGUUGAUAAAAAAAACAAAAUAUUAGAGCUUAGCUAACGAUCAUGCUGGGGAUUGCCCCUUAUCCUAGUUUGAAGUUGGUAAUCGAGUCCUUCACGUGCAAAAAAAAGAAUGUGUAUAAGUGAUAAAAUAAGGGUGUAGGAUUCACAUUUGAUUUAAUGAGUAUUUAAAUUCAAAUCAGCA